AUGGCAUUCGCAGUUGCUGAGACAGUCCUCAAGAAGUUGGGUCCCCUAGCUGUUGAACAAGCAGGUCUCCUCUGGGGUCUCAGCAGCGAGGUCUUGAAACUGAAGAGUACGGUUACUUCCAUCCGAGCCGUGCUGUUGGAUGCAGAGGAGCAAUCUGGUCUAAACAAUCAAAUCCAAGUUUGGCUCCAAGAACUCAAACAAGUCCUUUAUGAUGCUGACGACUUGUUGGACGAUUUCAACACUGAGGCGCUGUUGAGGCAGCAGCAUGACAAAGUCGACAUAAACGAGAAGGUAACAUCUCUUCUUAUUUUUGUGUCUGUACACCUCUUCUUCUCCGCUUCCAACCAUUUGCUCAAUGGUCUCUUGAUGGCUCAUCGAAUUAAGGCCAUCAGAAGCAAGCUAGAUGAGAUUGAUGAGAACCGAAAGAAGUUCAACCUUCAAACGCGACUUGAGGAGGAUUCUGCUGCUGCUAUGAGCAAGAAGAGGAGCCAGACAGAUUCCUUCGUCCCUAAUGUAUUUGUUGGGAGAAAAGAAGACAGUGAGAAGAUAAUAAGCUUGUUGUUGUCGACCAACGAUGAGCAGAAAGUUGAAGUGAUACCUAUUCUUGGAAUGGGAGGUCUGGGGAAAACUGCGUUGGCUCAAUAUAUUUACAAUGAUAAGAUCGUGAGCUCUUAUUUUCAACUGACAAGUUGGAUCUGUGUUUCAGACAAUUUUAGUGAAACAGUGCUGGUCAAAAAGAUUCUAGAAUCUUUGUCUGAAGAAAAAGUGGCGGAUCUUCAGUUGCAGAGUUUGAAGAGUAAACUUAAGACAAAAAUGGAGAACAAAAAGUUUUUGGUUGUCUUGGAUGAUGUGUGGGACAAUGGUGAUUACAUGACCAAUUGGGAGAGGUUGAUGAGUUUUUUCUGCAAUGUUGGGGCAGUAGGAAGUAAAAUUAUGGUAACUACUCGAAUUGGAAGCGUUGCGAAUUUCAUGGCGACGAAAGGGAUCGAAAGACACGAGAUAAAAGGUUUAUCCAAGCAAGAGUCAUGGUCUUUGUUUGAACGAAUAGCAUUUAAGGGGAAAGCAGUUGAAGGAGAUGAAAGGUUUGAGCGAGCAGGAAAAGAGAUCGUUGGAAGAUGUGUGGGAGUUCCUUUGGCUAUAAGGGCGAUGGCCGGUGUCUUGUCGUCCAAGAGAAAUGUGGUUGAUUGGGAGGCUUUAAAAGACAAGCAAGCACGACUGGAUUCGAUGGACAGUGAUAAAAGGAUUUUGGCAACUCUUAGGCUGAGUUACGACCAUCUUCCUUCCUAUUUGAAACCCUGUUUUGCUUACUGCAGCUUGUUUCCAAAAGAUUACGAGAUUGAGGUGAAAACGCUGGUACAACUGUGGAUGAGCCAAGGCUAUAUUAAUUGUGUUCAAUCAUCAUCAUCAUCAUCAUCAUCAUCAUCAUCAGAUCUAUUUGAAGUUGGAGUCGGAUAUUUUAAGAGCAUGCUGUCAAGGUCCUUUUUUCAAGAGCCGCAUGAAGAUCAUUCCGGGAAUGUGAGGUGGUGUAAAGUCCAUGAUUUGAUGCACGAUCUAGCUUUGGAAGUUGCAGGGAAGGAGAGUGUCACUUUAAGGGCCUCAAACCCAGUGGUUGACGAUGGCAUCAACUUUGAUGGGCUUCGACACAUAUCAUUCGAUUUUGAGGGAAGAAGAUCCAGAAAGCCAUGGCAAGUUCCACAUCUGUUGCCUAGAGCAACAAAACUGCGAACGCUCCUUCCUGCAAAUAUGAAUUCGUGGGGUAUGAAUGCCAACGGAGGAGAGGAGUACGAGACAAUCUUCUCCAAUAUGCCCAGCUUAAGAGCUUUAAGCCUUCGCGGUGCUCUAAUGAAGAGCGUCCCACCCUCCAUUCAUAAGCUGAAACGUCUCAGGUAUCUUAAUCUUUCUCGUAACGCAAUGCAGAUGCUACCCGAAGGGAUCACAAAACUGGUGAACCUGCAAGUGCUCGUAUUAGAUUUCUGUGAAGAGCUUCGGCAACUACCAAGAGACAUUGUGAACUUAUCCAAUCUCGAGUUUCUUAGCCUUAUCGAGUGUGUCAGGUUGACAGGCUUACCACCUGGGAUUGGGCAACUCACUCUACUGAAAGAACUGUCCAGUUUUGAAGUUACAAAUGCAUUCCACUCUUCCGGAGCAGCCACUUCCAGAGUCAGCGAGUUGAAGCAUCUCAACGGCCUGGGCGGGAAGUUGAAAAUUUCAAAUCUUGAACUGGUGAAAGAUGAAGCUGAAGCGCAAGCAGCGAGUUUGAACACGAAGCAACAUCUGCGAACCUUGGAAUUGUGCUGGAACAUAAUUCGACCGGCGGAUGAUGCUGCUGAGGACGGGAGGACAUUGGAGGCGUUGGAGCCGAAUGAGAAUUUGAAGGAGCUGAAGUUGUGGGGUUAUGCCGGGAGUAGUCUAUCCACCUGGUUUUUCAAUUCUCUCAAGAAUGUGGUGAUUAUCAGUCUGACUUAUUGUGAUGAACUUCGGUAUCUUCCGUCCCUGGAUCCACUGGUUUCUCUUGAAGAAUUGACGUUGUAUAAACUGUACAGCUUGGAGUACAUACAGAUUGAGGAGCCGACGCCACCGUCGGCAUCAGCACCAGCACCAUCUUCUUCUAAGAAUGGUGUGCAACUUCUCCCCAGCCUCAAGUCUCUCACCAUUUGGGAAUGCGCCAACCUAAUCAGCUGGGCGUCGUCCUCAAAGAUAGAGAUGCCGCUGUUCCCUCGUCUCUCUGUUCUAGACAUCAGCAAGUGCCCAAAACUGGAAUCGGUUCCUCGGUUCUCAGUGCACGUGGAAAAAGUUAGGCUAAACGGCAUGGAGAGUGAACUGUUGGGUGAGUUUGCUGCCUCCUCCAUUCCUCCACCCCAUUCCCCAACACACUCCCGAUUUAGAGAACUAACAAUUCAUCGCAUCUAUGGUCUACGAGUUCUGCCACAAGAGCUACUGCCACAGCUUGUUUCGCUUGAAUCCCUGGACAUAGAGAGUUGCCCGAACCUGUCGACUCUAUCUUCACCAGCAGCUACGCCGCUACAGUUUGCCCUUCCGGUCCUCCGUCGCUUCAAUAUCUCCAAGCUUUCGGGCUUGGACUGUCUACCGGAGUGGCUUCAGCAUUCCUCUAAGUUGCAGGAGCUGGUGAUAUGGUCCUGUGGCGGUCUCAAGAGUUUACCUGAGUGGUUCCCGAAGCUCGCCGCGUUAGAGACUUUGAUAGUAAACGACUCCGAGCUUCUAUCACCGAGGCUGGAAAGCAGCACGGCCGAGGACUGGCACAAAGUCGCUCACGUUUCGAAAAUUGUUGUCAGUUACAAAAUGGUUCAACGAAAUGGCAAGUACUUGGUAGCAGAAGCAGGGGACCAACACCAAGAACUAGAAGCAGAGGCAGAAGAUGAUGAACAACUACUCACAUCCACCCAGUCCUCAAGGAUGUUGUCAAAUUCCAUAAUAGCAAGGCUGACUUGCAACCUUUUCCAGAGAUGCUUUCUCUGCUAGCUCGCUUAUGGCAUUCCUCCACCUUUCCCUGAGACGCUCUUAAGAAUUCUGAUCGAAGUGGACAUGCCGCAUUCAUUCAUCACCUGCAUUUUUUUUAUAUAAGAUGCAGUUGAAUUGGUUAUAAGAAGACAACAGGAGGUACUGGGUGCUGCUGCACUCCAUUUUCCCUGGCCGUGAAAAGGCCUUUUUUCCUUCCAGCUUAGAUAGCUAUGCUGCUGUCCAAGAAGAAGUCUGCAGCUUUUCUGUAAGAACCAACUUCUCCCUUGUUGGGGGUGACUAGUUAAUUUCUCCCUUACUGCAGUAAUGAAAGGUGCAAGAGACCACAAUUUACUUCUGUGUUUGCAAG